CCCCGGCUCUCUCUCCCUUCACUCGGCUCCCAGAUUCCCACGGCGGCGAACCACACAUCUCCGUCCUCUCCCACGGCUGCGACCACCCCUCCUUUGCUCCGACGACCAGCGGCGCGGAUCUGGCUGUACAGCACGACCUCGGAUCCCACGGCGGCGACUCCCCCUCCUCUCUGUCCUCUCCGACGACGGCGCAAGGCGGUGCACCAUCCCUCCUCUCCUCCCACCCCCACCGGCACGGAUCGGGAGGCGGCGUGGCCGGCGAGCGCCGUCCGACUCGGAUCGAGGGGCGACUCCCUCCCCCUUCCGGCCGGUAGCGCCACCCCCCUCCAUCUAUCCUCCUCGUCGGGGCGGCGGCUCGACGACGGCGAGGGGAGCGUUGCUUCGCUUCGGGGCACGGCCUCCCCAAGGCGGUUUGGCCCCUCUCCCGCAGAAGCCGAGACGGAAAUAGACGCAACAGUCCGAUUCGGAUCGGAGCCGGGGGGAACCCGGUGCUAUAUAUGCCCCACCACCGUCGACCGCCGCAGACCCAGGGUCGUCAAGUUUGAAGGCAACAUGAUGCAGCAAGACAGCAAGAGGAAGAGGUCCGUGCUGCCGGAGACGGCUACGUUGGCCCCGGGAAGCAAGAGGAGGAGGAGGAAAUCUGUACCAUCCCGUCAUGCGGCCGCGAUGCUACCUGACGAGUUGCUGACGGAGGUGUGCCUGCGGUUGCCCGUCAAAUCCAUCCUUCGCUUCCGGGCUGCCUGCCGCUCCUGGGACGCAAUGCUGUCUUCCGAGGAAUUUGGUCAACUCUACGCAGCGAGAGCCGAGGAGAUGUCGUCAGCUCCUAAGCUGCUAUUCGUCUCACCUACGGCAAAUUUCAACUCCACCGCGGUGUACAAGUGCUCACCAUCGAAGCCCACCGAUGACCUGCUGCUCACGCUUGAUGAUGUUCGCGGAAACUAUGUGGAGGUGACACCCGCACCAUGCCAUGGUCUCUCCCUCCUGUAUGAUGGUAUUGCCCCAGCUUACUAUGUUAUGAAUGCAACCACACGGGCAGUCACACGGUUGCCGCCUUUCCGAGAUGUGGCUUUUGCCACUGCUGGUCUUGGGUGCGAUGCCCGGACGAAGAAGUACAAGGUAGUGAGGCUUUUUGAAGGGAACUUGCUUGAGAAGGAAUUUUUGAAGUGUGAGAUAUACACACUUGGGGGCGAUGAAGGGGAUAUUUGGAGGCCUGCCGCUGGUGGAGUACCUUUCCGGUUCUACAGUUUUGCUCGUUCUGCUAUUUCCAAUGCGGUGAUGAACAAACUGCAGCCACUUUUCUUCAAUGGAUAUCUGCACUGGUUGAUCAACCCAUUGCAUCACGUUAAACUACCAAGAGCUUCUAUUUUAUCAUUUUCUCUCACUGAUGAAACCUUCAGAUGGAUCCGAUCACCACCCUUUGUGGCAUCUGGAGUGCAUUUGGUGGAGCUUGAUGGUAAUCUGUGUAUGGUCCGAGACCUUCGUGAUAGGUCAACUGCUGUUUGCAAGUUGGAAAUUUGGAAGCUUAAGGACUAUAACUCUGGUGAUUGGUCUUUGGAUCAUCGAAUUGAUUUAACAGGGCAGUUGCCUAGGGAUUUACUUGAGCCACAGAUAGUGAAAGUUAUCGGUUCCGCUGGUAGUUGCAGAUCAGGUACGAAGAUAAUCAUCGCCACAUCCAAGCACAAAGUUUGUUCCUAUGAUCCUGUUUCUAGAACUCUGGAAACCAUUACCUCAAUCUCGGAGACCUGCACAUCCUAUCAAAAUGAGAAAUCUGAUAUUAGAUUCAGUUUAUUUAAAGAAUGCCUUACCCCAGUGCAUAAAACAAGGGAAGAGAUUGCCUUCGCAACUCCCUUGUCUAAGGCUACUAAGGAGAUCCUACUCCGACUCCCGGCUGAAUCAGUCUUGAAGUUCAAACCAGUCUGUAAGCAAUGGCUUGGGCUGAUAAAGAGUGAAAGAUUUAUCCGUGCAUACUUUGCACACAAGAACAUGGACAAGAGGCCAAAAAUCAUGCUUGUGGGUAAGGGCUCUGGAAAAUCACUUUUCAACUUUGUUCCCUUAAGUAAAUGGCUUCAAGAGGCAUCCAAUCAAGGCACACUGUUUCUUGACACAAAGGUGGUUUGCUCCAAGCCUUGCCGUGGAUUGAAUUUGAUGAGCUUCGUGGAGGAGGACUAUCUGUUCAACCCGUGUACAGGUUACCACAGGGUCUACUGGAACAGAGAGUGGCAUCAGCACCAACCAUGGAAAAUGCCUACGGGUUGCCGUGAACAAGAAGACAAUCCUUUUGCAGUUGGCAAUAAGAAUGUUGGUUUGGGGUUCAGCCAGGUGAUUCAGGAUCAUGUUGUUGUGGGGAUUUUCUAUGACCGGAAAGACUACAACUCUCGUGAGUAUUCUUUAACAUGUUCUCUAUGGAGCUGUGGUUCUGGAUACUUCGAGCAACUCCCGCAGCCACCUCUGCCUGUGAAUGACAUGCCACCUGUCUCUGUGGAUGGAGUGCUGUACUGGAUGAGCGAACCAAGGUUGGGUCAGAGUUAUGAACGAGCCAUUGUGUCUUUUGACAUUGCCGCUAAGAUAUUUGAAGUCAUCCCUUGCCCUUCAAGCAUUGCAAUGUGGGACCCCAGAAGUCGCUGCCAUGCAUUUGUGGUGGAGCUUCUAGGAAAGUUGUGUGCUGUUCUUUCAAAUUCAGUUGCAGAUGAGUUAGAUAUAUGGAAGUGGGAUCAUGGUCUAUGGACUAGAGCAUACACAAUCAAUUUAAAAUUCUGGCCAGAUUACUCACUUGCAACGAAUGUUGUAGUGCCUAUGGCAGUUGACCUUACAGAUGGAAGGAUUCUGCUGAAUACUGGGAGGAAGCUUGGUUUAUAUAAUCCAUUUGAUCAAACAAUUGAAAACUUGCUUGCACUUGAUCAGGUGUCACUUGCCACACCUAAAGUGCAGCAACAGCGCACUGGAGGUCAUCUUAAGUGCCACAUUACCAGAUGCGAAGAUGUUCCUAGGAAGUUUUCUCCGUGGAAACUAUCUAUGGCUCCAUGUGAGAACUUUGCUACACCUCCAAGUGCCUCAUCAGGGAAGAAUCUGUUGUCCUCCAGACACCAAUAUGUGAAGGCACUAAAUAGUGUGAGCCCAAAGGUUAUGCCUGUGGUUCCUAUGUUGUAUGAGGAGAGCCUAACUUAUUAUCCCUUUGCUGCCCGAGCGAGAGUGUUGUUUAGUUGAAGUGGUACCUUUGUCAAAUCUACCAUUUCAUGUGUCAGAUAGGUCCUCCAUGUUUGGCCAUACCAUGUCACCAAGUUUUUAUAAUGUAAUAUUUUGAUGUUUAUGUCACGUAGCUGUCAGAAUUAUAGUUGUGUUGCAUAAUUUAUUUGACUUGUAUUUCAAGCACAACUUCUUUUGUAGCUUUCAGAUCUUAAGCAGAAGGGUGAUGGGUUUGAAAGCGCAA